CAUUUUUACAUCACGCGAGAAACGGCGAGAUGUCAAUGUUGGAAAAUGGCCGACGUUCAGUGUAAGCAAAUCCAGGAUUUUCUCUCGAAUUUGUAGAAAUUUUUUACGCAGCAGGAAAAUACAGCCACUGUUCCAAGGGUGCCCACACAUCCGACUACACCAUGGGGACGGAAGAGCGAGAGGAAGCCGUGAAGAAGGCGCUGGAAUCGUGCAAGACUCUACAGUCCAUGAUCGACAUCAGCGCGUCCAAUCUGAACGGGUUGAGAACGAUGUGCGAGACAUCGCACGACCUCACACAAACAGAAAUACGGACUUUAGAGGGCAAGUUAGUGAAGCUGUUCAGUAAGCAGCUGCAGGCGAAGAACAAGGUUCCCGAGGACCAGAGAACCAGUGAGCUACAGAGAUACCCGUCUGUCAAACAGUGGCUGGAGGUCGUUGACAUACAACCUGUGGCAAUAAGGGGAAUUGAAAAUAAGAAAAUCUCGUUGGAAGACCUGCUGAAGAUGACUAAAGUGGAGAUCGUGUCACUGAUGAGUUACUAUGGAGCAGAGGAAGGGGAGACCAUCAGGCUUCUGUCAGCUGUCAAUCAUCUUAGAACCUUCACAGAAUUACAGUGCAAAGGUGACUCUACAACAGACUUGUACUGGGAGUCUUGGGCGGGCGGCUUUAGUGGUAGCCCUAACACGCCGCCUAAACGGCCAUCCACCUCCUCCAUGCCUGCCGACUUCGGCGACCGUGAUCCGCCACAAACGCCGACCCUCCGCACGCCGGACAGACGUGCGUCCGACACCCACGACCGUACGCUAUACCCCAGCACCGGGGACUCCGAGACUUAUAUAUCAGAGGACGAGGAGUUUCCUCUUUCACCGUCGUAUUUGACGAAUGCGGGGAUGACUCCGCCUUCCACGCCAACGAUUCUGACUCGUCGACCGACCCCCCCUGCGACCCCACCGCUGAGAGUCAUACAGAAGAAGAUGAAGACCCCAGGCACCCCCCCUCCCUCCAAGAGUAACCUACAGCUACCGGAGUACCAGCUCAACCCCCUCACCAGAAGUAGAUCUCACGAAGCACAGCUAACACACAGAACCACAAACAAAAUAGAAGACUAUAAUGUACUGGUGGGAGGAACCCUUCCCAAACGAGGGAAGUCCAAACCAAGUAACCUGAAGAUCCAAGACAGCAUGGGAGGCAGCUGGGAGACAGGCUUACAGAAGGGCGUGUCCGAGUCGGAGAACCGCCUCAACACCAGACACUCUCCCCCCCUCACCUCUCCUGUCAGGAGCUCCUCCCCUGGGCCAUACUGGAACAACCCUACUGCUGAGGACUACAACAGUAGAUCAGCAACACUUCCCGUGAUGCCACCUCGAUCGCCCGGUGCCAGGGUGGGCAGGAGUAUGGGGCACUCCAUUAACCACAGAUGGGUGAAGAACCAGUUCUGGAUGACUCAGACCUGCUUCUACUGCAAUAAAGCCAUCAUGUUCAAAGGUUUCAAGUGUAAAGAUUGCAAGGUGAAGUGUCAUCACAAGUGUGCCCAGAGAGCGCCCCCCUCCUGUGGUCUUCCCCCUGAUCUAGAGAAAGUCUUCCGCGAUACCUUACAAGCUGGGACAACAAACUCUCCUAAGUUAGAAAGAAAGCCCAUACCAACAGGGCACAGUCCUGAUCUGAAUACAGACAUCCACCCUAACAAAGUCCACCGGACGUCGUCAGAGCCGUCCUGUGCUGAGCUGAGAGUGAACCAGAAUCAGACAGUCGACCACGUGGGGUCUAUCGGAGCCUGGACACACAAUGCUGCUGACUACAAGUACCGAACAUGGAGUCAUAAGGAGAAAGUUAGGGAUCAGAUGCAGGUUCCUCCUUUCCCCCAUGGAGACUCCAGCUCCAACCCUUCCUCCACAACCUCCUCCACACCCUCCAGUCCCUUCCAGCCUUCCUCCAGCGACUCCCAGCCGUCUCCCAUGACCAGGCAGGCCUUCAGGUUCCCAGAUGUAACAUCAAGUCUGUCAGGUUCAGAGGUGGACAGUCAAGGCAGAGGAGACAUCAUUUUAAACUGUAAACACCUGACUGACACAGUAGACACAGUGAAGAGUGAAGACACCGUUAAGAGUGAAGAGUCUCAGGGUAGUGAUAAGACAGAAGUAGCCGAUAGCGAUACGUUGAAGACCCUACAACAAGUAGACUCUAUAGACAGUGAUGUGGACCCGAUGGAGAGAAGUUGGCCCACUCGACAGAACAGCGACCCACAGGAACCUCCGGGAAGAAACGACUGGAGAUGGCACCAGAGGUCCAGUGUGCUGUCAGAGUGGGAUAUUCCAUAUGAAGAACUGGAGAUCCAGGAUCUCAUAGGAGCUGGGAGGUUUGGCAGGGUGUUCAAGGGAAAAUGGCACGGGGAUGUUGCAAUCAAAGUCUUCAACAUCGAAACAGAUAAUGACCUGCAACUUGCUAGUUUCAAAACUGAGGUUUCAAUGUUCAGGAAAACGAGACAUGAAAACUUAGUUCUGUUCAUGGGGGCCUGUAUGAAGCUACCACAUCUAGCUAUUGUAACUAGUUUAUGUAAAGGAAAGACGUUGUACGACACAGUACGGGACAGAAGAGAGACGCUGAAUAUGAGUAGGAUAGUCAACAUAGCAACGCAAAUAGCUCAGGGCAUGGGCUACCUCCAUGCCAGAGAGAUCUUACACAAGGACUUGAAGUCUAAGAACAUCUUCUUAGAGAAUGGCAAGGUUGUCAUCACUGACUUUGGCCUCUUCAGUGUUACCAAGCUGAUCCAAUAUGGAGAAAGGAAGGACGACACGCUGGCCAUACCGCCGGGAUGGCUGCCGUACUUGGCGCCGGAGGUGAUCACGUCUCUCCGAGCGACAAGCCAGUACACAGACAGUGACCUGCCCUUCUCACAGGCGUCAGAUGUCUAUGCCUUUGGAACGGUGUGGUACGAACUCCUGGUGGGAGAUCUCCCCUUCAAGACUCAACCGGCAGAGUCCAUUAUCUGGCAGGUGGGGAAGGGUCUACGACAGUCCCCCAGCAAUGUGCAGAGUAGGGAUGCCAAGGAUAUCCUGAUGCAGUGUUGGAAGACUCAGCCCGACAAGAGGCCCCAGUUCAGCGACCUCACGCAGACGCUGGACAGGUUGCCACGGAAACGGCUGACCCGCAGCCCGUCCACACCUCUGCACCUCUCCCGUUCCGCAGAGUCCAUCAUAUGAACUUCAUACAUCACACACACUCACAUACAUACCACUGGGUGGGCAGAGUGCUGGGCAUCUCCACUAGUUCUUCAUUUCCAACCCAGAUCUACAUUUCUCCUCUCAGUUUGACCGUAAAAAGUACAAAGGUACAAAUGUAUCAUUCUGCAGUGUUCUGGGGGGCGGGGGUGCUCCCCUGGGAAGUUUGAAAAUUCUAACCCUCUGAAACACUUUUCCUGUAUUUGAAAUUUUCUACAUUUCUUUUUUCACAUUUUGCUACAGUUUAGUGGUACUGUUGACUACAAGAUGAAAAUGGCAUUAAGUUGUGUUUUUUUUUUCUAAAGUUGUGUUUUUUUUUCUGUCAAGCAGAAGAGAAGGGUUACAGGUUCUGUCCUGAGUCAAAGUUGUCCAAGGACAGGCACUGAAGAGAGUCUUUGUCCAACUAUUGUUCAUAUCUAUUAUACUUCUGAAUCAUGGGUGCCAGAAGUCCUCUUUUUACUUAAUUUCUUCUGUUGAGAUCACAGCCUUUAAUUUAGCUCUUCACUAAAUGCAUCUUAGAAAUAACAACAGUAAACCUUAUACCCUUCAGUCAUUUGGAUAUUCAUAUAAUAACUGAAGUAUUGGUAUAUUUGCACAUGGCAGAUUUUUACUGCUCUUAAACCUGUGUCAAUUUUCACAAAGAAAGCAAGACAUAUACUUACAAGAUAAUGCUUGGUGAAUAAGUGAUGUUGUGGGCAGAAUCGUUCUGCUUGACAAGUUUUGUGCAAUACUGGCUGAAAACUUUCCACAAAGUGUCCUGAAAAAGUUUAAUAAGAGAAAGACAUUGGAAGAAUCAUGAUUUCAAAACCUGUAUCAUCAAAAUGCAGACAUGUAGUGACACUGUGAAAUGCUAUUCCACUGUUGUUAGCUGCAUGUCAGAAUCGCACACAAAUUCACAUCACCCAUCACUAGCACACAAUCAUACAUAGACCACCAGCAUUCUGUCAACCAAAGUGCUCACCACUUUCUACUGCCUUAGUUCCAGCUACUAUUGUGCUGUCUAGUUGUAAGAACCACUACCAAGACUGGGCAAGGAAGACAGUGUAACACUCAUCCAAGUGUUAAAAGACAUCACCUUAAAAUUGUUCAAAGGAAAGAGAUUUUGAACUAGUCAAAUCUUUGGUAUACAUUUGGUAACGGUUUUUGGAAAACAGUAUUGAAAUUAUUGAAAAUGUUUUGUUCUUGUGAGUUACCCCACUACUACCUAAAAGUGUCAAAAUAUUAUUUUACUUUAUCAAGAGAGUACAGAUAGCUUGAUAUUUUACACUGGAACAUUGUCUAACUUGAAAAUAUUUCCUACUUUCUUUUUAUUAGUUUACUGAGAAAAAAUGGAGCCAAAAUGGUUGCUUUGCUAUUUUAUUAUCUGAGUAUCAGCAUGUAAAAAUAAUGUUGUUAGCAAAAACAAAUAAACCUAUUGACAUGUCUCACUUGCCUAGUCUUGUAUUUACUCAAGUCAAAGAAAGGGCUAUUUGACAUGAUCUUGUAGAAUGUUAGCAAACUUAAAAAAGCUUCCAAGAUAUCCUAGAUUUCUACCAUGCUGAAUAAUGAGUAGCUAGCUAGGAAAGAAAUGAAGAAACAUCUGUGCUAAUAUCAUUGUAAAUAUGAAUAGUCAUUAUUGUAAUUAUGUCCAGAAGGUUUACCAUGAUGUUGAUAACAGUGAAAGAAAUAUCAAACGGACAAAUGUCAAAAAUAAGGUACGGAAUUGUGAAGAAAAGGAAAGUGCAGGAAUAUGCUUGUAAACUAGAUAAAAUUGUACUGCAACUAGAAAAAGAAAAAAAAAUCAGUGUUACAAAUGUACUCAAAAAUGGCAAGUAUCUAAUAGGUGUUCCUUUUUUGUACAAAAAAAAGAAACAAGGAUUAUAGGGAAUGUAGCUAAAACAGUUCAUUGCGAAUUUGAAUGCAGAAAAAAGCAGGUAGCACUUGAUGUAAUGAAGUUGUUGCAUACUUUCAUGACUUGUAUGGUAAAUGUGGUUGUUAAUUGUGCACCCUAGCAGAAGUGAGUAAUAAGGCAGAUUUUUAAUUGUAAAUAUUAUGUACUAAUCAAGCAAGGUUUUAUGACAAUUUUAACUGUAAUUUGUGGCUGCUGAAUUAUAUAUAUAUAUGGGCCAUACCUACAUUUUUUAUAUUCUCACAGAGAUUUUGAGACUUUCCAUACAAUUUCUUAUGUGGGUGGUCUGCUUAACAAAAAUCAUAGAACCAGGUUUUCCUUCUGUCAAGGACAAACAGAACGGAACACGAUUUGUUGAUCAUAAAAAAUGUUCUAAUUUGUAAAUUCCAUGUUUUUUUAUUCCAGAGUGGCCCUUCUUAAUAAUGUAAAUUUACUCCUUUAUUCUUAUUCGUUUACAUAACAUUUUUUUGACCUUCAAAACUUUCUCUUAGAAAAUACCUACUCACCCCUCGUCUUUUGAAAUAGAACAUUCCUAGUCCUAAUGAUAUGAACUCCAUUUUCCAGUGAUUGUUAAAUUUCAAAAUUACUGCCAUUGUCCAACAAUAUAGAUUUUUUUUUCAAUUUGUUUUUUUGAUGUAUAAAAUAUCUUACAGGGAAUGUUUUAACAUACUUUAUGUCAGAAAUGCACCUAUAUAUUAAGCAGAUUUUGUGAUUUUAUACCUUUACAAUUUGGAUGGAGCCCUCACACUUUGUAAAGAAAUGCUGACGCCAGUAUAUGUCUUAGUUGGAAACCCUGUUGUAAUAUUACAGGCAUGUGCCACUAUGGUGUAUGAUUAGUUGGGCUUAGACAUUUUAUAAUUCACUUUAGAAUAUUCCUCACAUUUCGCCUGCACCAGCUAAGUUAUUGUUUUAUGUAAAUAUUGCCUGCGUUUUUUCCAUGCAUAUUGGGUAGAGUUAUGCCACUGGAUAUAAAUUGCCACUAUAUUUUUGUCCUCUGGAAAGGCCAUUGUAAGACGUGCUAGGUAGAAUUUGCAUUUUGCUGUUGCUCUGUAGCAGCAAUUAAAGUAAAAAAGGCAGAUAGA